CAUGACUAUAGUAGGAAGGGGUGGGACCAUGGGUAAGUGUGAUAUCAGGAGAAUAGCCUGACCCCUUUUCAGUCCUUUUUGUGUGGGGAGAGAAGAAGAAGGCAGGAAAGUGGGAGAAUUCAAUGGUGGGGUGAAGGGGAAAGGCCCAGGCAGGGAUGAGAGAAGAAGAGAGGGAGGUGAUUAAGAGCAGAGCAGUCAAUGUGGGAACAGGUUACAGGCUGAGAUGCCCAUGCACACAGUGAGCCCCGAGUGGGGAGAAGGGCCUGGUCUUGUUCAGGGAUUCUUUGGAGGAGACAUGCAAAAGGAACCGGGGUAUGAGGAGUGGGAUUUGGGCGCGCAACAAGGCUUCGGGUGGUUCAGCUACCAGGAGUUUGCAGGACCCCGAGAGGUGUGCAGCCGCCUCCACUCUCUGUGCCGCCUGUGGCUGAAGCCAGAGCGACACUCCAAGGCGGAGAUGCUGGACCUGGUGCUCCUGGAGCAUUUCCUGGCCGUCCUUCCUGCGGAGAUGGAGCGCUGGGUGAGGGAAUGUGGGGCAGAGACCAGUUCCCAGGCCGUGGCUUUGGCUGAAGGAUUCCUCCUGAGUCGGGAAGAAGAGGAGAAAUUCAAAGAGCAGCAGAACAUCUUUGCCAAAGAGACGGUUGAGGUGAAGGAUGAGUGGGCCACACAAGAAGGUAACAGCACAUCCACCUCAGUGGGAGGUGCAACAAGGACAUGGACAAAAGCAUCUCUUUACACGGAUGAACCUCAAACAGUUCCUAUGAGGCCGAACCAGGUGACGUUUCAAGAGGUGUCUGUGGAUUUCACGGAGGAGGAGUGGGCCCUGCUGUCUCCAGGCCAAAGGGCCCUCCAUGGAGAAGUCAUGGAUGAGAAUCUGAGGAUGGUAUUCUCUCUGGGUUGGGAUGAGCAAGAGAGUGAGAACAACAGAGAACCAAGCAAGGCAUUCCUGCCAAGGAACAAGCAGAAGCAGAUGAAAAGGAAGAAAAGAAAAUCAGACACUAACGCCAACAGAAGGAACACAUAUCCUGCUUCUCAGGAGGGUGACAUCUCAGUUGAAGAACUAACAGAGAAAGGGAAAGAAAGGAAUAAAUGUUUUUAUCCCCUGUGUGAGAAAAGCUUUAGGUGCAAAGGAAGCCUUGUUGUUCAUAGAAGAAUUCACCCAGAGGAGAUAUCUUUCAAUACUGGUGAGUGGGAAAGGACACCCAGUUUAAGGAAGUCUCUGAUUUCCCAUGAAAGAUUUCAAACGAGAGAGAAAGCUUUUAACUGUUGGAGGUGCAAAAGGAGCUUCAAGUGGCGGUCACACUUUGUGUCACACCAAAGAACUCACACAGGAGAGAAACCCUUUAUAUGUCUAGAGUGUGGAAAGACCUUCGCCGUGAAGAAAAACCUCACUCGUCAUCUGGCCACGCACACAGGAGAGAAACCGUUUCAGUGCCUGGUGUGCGGAAGCAGCUUCUCUCAAAAGGCACACCUGAUUCAUCAUUACAGAACGCACACAGGACAGAAGCCAUUUCAGUGCUUGGAGUGUGGGAAAAGUUUCAAUCAGAAGACGCACCUCACCAGUCAUGAAGCAACUCACAUGGAAGAAAAACCAUUUAAAUGCUUGGAAUGCGGGAAAACGUUUAGUCAAAAAACAGGCCUUAGUCGUCAUCUAGCCACUCACACUGGAGAGAAGCCCUUUCAAUGCGUGGUGUGUGGCAAAGGUUUCAUUACCAAAUCACAUCUCACUACUCAUCUUGCAACUCACACGGGGGAGAAACGGUUUCAGUGCUUGGAGUGUGGGAAGUGCUUCACUCAAAAGCAACACCUCACUCGCCAUUACAGAACUCACACAGGAGAGAAACCAUUUCAGUGCUUGGAGUGUGGAAACCACUUCAGUGGAAAAUCAGCACUUCUGGCACACCAAAGAAUUCACACAGGGGAGAAACCCUUUGGAUGCUUGGAUUGUGAAAAGAGUUUCAGGCAUAAAUUAAGCCUCACUUGCCAUCAAGCAACUCAUACAGGUGAGAAAUCAUUUAAAUAUUUGGAAUACGGGGGGAAAUUAAUUGGGAAAGAAAGCCUCACUUGUCAUGAAGUUAGUCACUCAGGGGAGAAUCUAUUUCAGUGUAUGGAGUGUGGGAAAAGCUUCAAUCGGAAGUCAAUCCUCAUAUCACAUCAAAGAAUCCAUACCGGAGAAAAACCAUUCAAAUGCUUGGUGUGCGGAAAGUGCUUCAGGCAGAAAUGUAUGCUUUCAUCACAUGAAAGAACUCAUACAGGGGAGAAACCAUUCAAAUGUGUGACUUGUGGAAAAUGUUUCAGUCAAAAAGUAAGCCUCAAUUGUCACCAAAGAAUACACACAGGGGAGAAACCAUUUCAGUGCUUGGAGUGUGGGAAAAGCUUCUCGCAGAAAAUACACCUCAAUCGCCAUGUUACAACCCACACAGGAGAGAAACCCUUUGAGUGCUUGGAGUGUGGAAAGAAGUUCACCUUGAAACUGGCCCUUGUGUCGCAUCAAAGCAUACAUACGGGGGAGAAGCCUUAUAAGUGUGCGGAGUGUGGAAAAAGUUACCCAUACAAAUUAAGCCUAAAUCGCCACCAAGCCACUCAUUCGGGAAAAAAACAAUUUCAGUGCUUGGAGUGUGGAAACAGCUUCAGGGAAAAAUCAGCACUUCUGACACAUCAAAGAAUUCACACAGGGGAGAAACCAUGUUGAUAUUUGUAGUGUAUAAAGAGCUUCAGGCAUAGAAAGCUUCACAUGUAAGAUUCUAGAAGUUCUUGGAGUUGAAAUCAAGCUCACAACAACAACACGCUGGAAGCAAAUGAUUUAUUCCAUCUUUCCCACUCAAACACCCUGUAAUAUCACAGCCCAACUCCCAUCUGCCCCAGUGUGCCCACAGUCUGUUAACUGCAAUUUCUAUUUCCCUCACAAAACAGAUGUCUUACCUACACUACCCUGUUCCCAGCCUCCCUUCCUCCUACCUCCCUUCUUUCUGGCAGAGAACCGAAGUAGCCAGUUCCAGGCUGCUAUGGUGAUCCUGACAUCACAAAUCAUCAAUCAACUCACUCGGGAGAAACAGUUUAUGUCUGUAGUUUGGAAAGGGCUUCACUUGGAAGGAAAGACUCACUUGUCAUCUGGCAGCACAUAAAAGAGAGAAACCAUUUUCAUAUUUCAGUGUGGGAAGAGAUUCUCCCAAAAGCAACACCUCACUCGCCAUUACAGAACCCACACAGCAAAGUAUCCCUUUGAGUUUUUGGAGUGUGGAAACAGGUUCAGCUCAAAGUCGGCCCUUGUGUCACAUCAAAGUAUAGAUGUGGGGGAGAAACUUUGUAAGUAUGCGGAGUGUGGAAAAAGUUACCCAUAAGCCUAAAUCACCACCAAGAUUAUGGAAAGAGCUUCAAUCAGAAAAUACGUCUCACUCGUCCUCUGACAACUCACAUAGGAAAGAAAUCAGUAAAAUGGUUGAAUUCCUACAUUAUACCACACCAAAAUAUUCAUGUUUUAUAGAAAUGAUAUGAAUUCAUGGAGGGUGGCAAAAAUAAAGAAUAGUUUCGGAAAUGCAACGUAGGUGGAACCAUGUCAAAGUUUAGAACAUUGUUGGAAUUUCAGAGCUCACAAACCUUAUGUUGUAUUCCCACAAGCAAUAAUAUAAUUUUCUUCACAGCUAACACCUCAGGUUUGGACUGUUUAAGUGUGUCCUUUUUCUUUGUGUUUUGUGAUGAUGAUGGUGAGAGACAGUGUAUAAAGGGGGGAAGGGGAGAUCAUUCAUGGGAUGUUUUCAUUAAUUGAGGAAUUGGGUUGUAGCCUUUGUAAUAUUAUUAUUGCUCACCUCUCCUUGUGGAUUGAGGUAUGUUACAGCAUAAUUAAAACACAAAAAUAUUGUAAAAAUUCUAGAAAUAUACAUAUUAAAAUGUAUUUCAAUAAAGAUGCAUAUUUAAAACAUA